CCCUUCCAUGGAGCAAGCCGUUCGCGUUUUGUUAGCUGAGUUGGCCAGUCCCCGUGUUUUGGUUUAUCCAGAUUGGGAUGCUGUUUCAGACCGCUCGCGAUCUUUUCAUCUUUACUGUGAUGCUAGUCGCGAUGGGUUUGGUGGGACUCUCGAACAAGAACAGCCAGAUGGUUCUAUUCGCCCAGUUGUCUUCAUCAGUCGGGCUUCUUUGGGCCCAGAACGCCACUGGAUUGCCCUCGAUCUCGAGGCGGGUAGCACCGUGUGGUGUAUCAAGCGCCUUCGCGGCUACUUGUGGGGUACAAAAUUUCGCAUUUUUACCGACCACAAAUCUCUCGAGCCUUUUGCUAAGGUGGGGGAGAACAAUGCCCGCGUUCAGCGCUGGCUGGAAUUUCUUACCGCCUACAAUUACACUCUCGAGUAUCGCAAGGGUUCCGCAAUUGGCAACGCUGAUUUCCUCUCACGCCUCCCAGUCGCAGCGGCUGAAUGCGAGCGCUCGGGUCGCAGCCGUCUGACCCCGGCUGAGGAUGAAGAGGCGGUGUUUUUCAUCCGUUCGUGUGGCUUUACCCCUUCCGGUGAUCGGGCCGCGGGCCCCGGUGUGUCGGUGAGCGUUGACUAUUUUGGUCCACUUCCGUUGACACCGCGUGGCAACACAUACAUUCUGCUCUUUAUAGACCGUUUCAGCCGCCGUGCUGAUAUGUACGCAGUUACGGCUGCAGAAUUCACCGCCGAAGGCACAGCUGACAUCCUUGUCAACAGGUAUAUCUCUUUGUGGGGUUGCCCAUUGAGUCUUUUGUCUGACAACGGCUCUCAGGUUUGCUCUCAACUGUCCCAAGCCGUGUAUGCCCAUCUUGCUAUCCGCAAAGUGGCUACUAGCUCGUACCAUCCCAAUGGAAAUGGGGGUGUGGAGCGCGUCAACCACACUAUGGCUCAAAUGUUGGCUAUGGUUUUCGACGAACGACAAGAUGAUUGGGGCAUUCAUCUCCCACACGUCGCGUUUGCUUACAAAAAUUCCGUUAGCGCCGCUACCGGUUUAGCGCGCAAUGAGGUUCGCCUGACCAACAUCGCCAAACAAAUCGCCGUUAUCGUGCGAUGCGCAUUGGAGCCGCUACCAGGGAAUUGGCGCGUGCUCAAGGAAGCCGAAAGUGCAGCCGAAAGUGCAGCCGGGGAAGCGGCAGCCGCGGCAGCCAAGAUGGCGGAUCUGCAGAGGAGACUUGAGGAGGCAGAGGAGAGGAGUUUAGCGGAGGACGCAACUAGCGAUAGGUUGGGUGAUGCCGGGCAUACGGCAGGUAACAUGGGGAUGGACGGCGCCGGUUAUGCGCCUGGGUAUUGUAGCAGGGAUGGAGCCGCCGGAGGGGCGGCCACUUUUGGAGCUGGAGCCGCCGGAGGAGCGGCUACAUUUUUCCCGGGUGAUCGAGUGCAGCGUAAGGACCGGAAGCCACCGGUGUACGACGGCAACUUCCCGCUGUUCAAGACGCUGUUCGAGACCUUCCUCACCCGUGAAGAUCUUGGGCACACACUUGCGAAGCCAGCAAGUCCUGAUCAACGCAUCUGGCUCAUCCACGCGUCAAGGAGCGAAAACUUCCGCUUUCACGGUGAGCAGCGCGUGCGUGACCAUGAGUGUGCUUGGGAGAACCUGAUGCGCGCCACAAAGGGGGCAAACUUUCAGGCCAAAAUCCCGGAAGUUGGGACUGUGUAUGGGGCGUGGGAGGCUGCCCAACAGUUCUGCCUCCCGAUGAGUGACAAUCUGAAGGAGGCCAUGAAGCUGUCCCUUACCAACAUGAGGAUGCAGUUCAGAGAGGAAGCAAGGGAUUACUUUAUUAGGUUUGACAAAGUGCUGUCCACAAUGGGCGCCCUCGACGGCGAUGGAAUCUCCGAUCAAGAAGUCCUUGCGAUACUCCGCAGAAGCCUUUCGGCCGAUUACGACCAGCUCAAGCCGGUGCUCAUGUCUGAUCGGUCGCUCACACGCGCGGAAUUGGAGAGUCUUGUGCGUAGUCACCGCGUUGAGCAAGACCUAGGGAAUAGUUCGCUACGGGCGGCAGCGCCGACCAGCGACCCGCACGCUCUUCGUUUCGGCGGAAAUUCGCGGCCCAACGGCGGCGGUGGCGGCGGUGGCGGUGGUGGCGGUCCGCCGCGGAGGACCGGAGGUUUUUCCCAAGCCACCCGUGUGCCCCUCAUCGUUCAUGCCCGCAAUGCUCACGUUGGCGCCGCUGGUCGCCGGGGUGCCGUCCAUUUCGGUGGCGGUCACGGCGGCGGCGGCGGCGGCGGCGGCGGUGGCGGCGGCGGUGGCGGUGGUUACAGCGACGGAGGCGGCUUCACCGACGGUGGAGGCGUCGGCGGCGGGGGGCACGGCAGCAGUGGCAGCGGCAGCGGCGUCCCCGGUCGCCGCGUUGGCACCGGGCAGCGAGACACUCGCAGCGGCGACGGUGGAGGCGUCGGCGACGGGGGGCACGGCAGCAGUGGCAGCGGCAGCGGCGUCCCCGGUCGCGGCGUAGGCGCCGGGCCUUCAGACGAACGUGGCGGCGAUGGAGGCGGCACCGGCGGCGGGGGGUACGGCAGCAGCGGGAGUAGCGGCGUCGUCCCCGGUCGCUGCGUUGGCGCCGGGCCUUCCGAUGGACGCAGCGGGGAUGGAAGCAAUGGUGGCGGCGGCGGCGGAGGCGACGGUGGGGCGACCGGUAGCGGCGGCAGCAGCAGCGGCGUCCCCGGUCGCCGCGUUGACGUCGGGCAUUCGAACGGCCGCAGCGGCGGUGGCAACGGCGGAGGCGGCGGCGUUGGCCGUGAUGGAGGAGAUGGCGACGCCCGUGGGGUGCACACUUGGGUCCGCAACCGCGACGCGCCCGGCAGCAGCUUCGUCAUCAACCCCGACCCCGACCGGAGUGGCUCGACCUGCGUUACCCCCUCCGUCACGAGGUCAGCGGCGCGGCGCAUGGCUAACCAUGGGCCCCUGCCGCGAUCGCCCGGGGUGUUGGCAAUGCUUGCGAUAGCGGAGGACUUCGACACUAGAAUGGACGAUGAGCAGUGCUUUGGAGGGCCGCAGCUGCCGGAUGGACCAGCGAGCGAGCGUCAGACCCCGACGCCAUUGGCGGAAGCGCACUCGGGAGAGGACAGCGACAUCUGGUACAGUGCUGAGGAGGCGGAGUUUACCGGGCUGCUCGAGGCCGAGACUUCUGGGCCGGCGGCAGGCUCGUAG